AUGAGUACAGCUGGUGCGAUUGCCAAAGCCAGUAGGGCUCGCUUUUUGAGCCAGUUCCCUUGGACCACUUCGCCCUUCAUCAUCGGCGCGCCUAUGCGCGUCAUGUCAGGACCUCACCUAGCUCUUGCGAUUUCAAAAGCUGGAGGCCUUGGGUUCAUUGGACCAGGAGCGAAGCCAGAAGAUACCUCGAAGGACCUGGCCACGGUGCGAGAGUUGCUACGCAGUUCACCUUCCCAGAACCUGCCAGCCGCAUUUCCAUCUACAGGCACUCUCCCUGUUGGUGUUGGCUUUCAACUCUGGAAUGGCGACCUCAAGUCUGCUGUUCAGGCUGUUCAGGACUACAGACCCUGUGCAGCAUGGCUUUUUGCGCCUCGUCGAGGACAAGAAGAGCUUGAUGAGUGGACUUCUCAGAUAAGGGAAGUUUACCCUGAGAUACAAGUUUGGAUACAGAUUGGUACUGUCCACGAGAGUAUUGAGGUAGCCAACAGUGCGCACCGCCCAAAUGCUUUGGUAGUUCAAGGCGCAGAAGCGGGUGGUCAUGGUCGAGCCACCGACGGUCUGGGUAUAAUGACACUGUUUCCUGAAAUCGAAGACCAGGUUCGUGACUCAGGCAUGUCUCUAUUCGCAGCCGGAGGUAUCGCAGAUGGUCGAGGCGUCGCAGCAGCCCUCUCACUGGGAGCAAUAGGUGUAGUAAUGGGCACACGCUUUCUAGCCGCGACCGAAGCCCGUAUCAGCAAAGGCUACCAGCAAGAGAUUAUCCGAGCUAAAGACGGAGCUCAAUGUACGACUAGAACAAUGCUUUACAACCAUCUCAGGGGUACUACGGGGUGGCCAGAGCACUUCCAUGAUCAUCAGGCAGGUGUGGAAUUUGAAGAGUUGAAGAGGAGACAUGAUGAAGCAGAUGCUAAGGAUAUUGUGAAGGAUGUGCAGAGGGAAGCGAGUGAGAUUAUAGCUGAGCUUGCGAGUGAUACUAUGGGUCCAUCCUCCAACUUCGACCCAAAUCAGCCCAUUCCUCACAAAUCCCUCGACAACACCUCUCUCAGCCCAUCCCGAGUCAUCCUCAAAGCUCGACCCCAUUGCCCGGCGCAAACCAUCAACGAAAUGUUCCUGCAACGCUCCGCCCUGACUGCGGCUCGCCGCGUCGCCGCCCGACCUGCUGUCGCUCGCACCUUCACCACCUCUUUCGUCCGCCGAGAUGCUGCCCGUCCUGCCACCCCCAACGAGCAGGCCGCUGCUCUUGCUGGCACCGCCGAGAAGAAGGUCGGCUCCUACAAGACUCUGAAGGAGAUCAGAACUGAGGAGGAUCUCUUCGGUCCUGGUGCCGCCCCCGGAACCGUCCCUACCGAUCUCGAGCAGGCCACCGGUAUCGAGCGUCUCGAGAUUCUCGGUAAGAUGGAGGGCGUCGACAUCUUCGACAUGCGCCCUCUCGACGCCAGCCGCCUCGGAACGAUGAAGGAUCCCAUCAUGGUCCGAUCCGCUGGUGAGGAGCAGUUCGCUGGCUGCACUGGUUUCCCCGCCGACUCUCACAGCGUCCACUGGCUCGGCAUCACCCGCGAGCGGCCCAUCGAGCGAUGCCCCGAGUGCGGCAGCGUCUACAAGAUGGACUACGUCGGUCCCGAGGACGAUCACCACCACCACCACCCUCCCGAGUUCGAGGAGCCCAAGACCUUUGCCGAUUACAUCAAGCCCGAGUACCGAUACCGAUAA